CAUUCCAGCCAAAACCAAACCGCACCAAACCCUCGCCUCGCCACCAUGGCCGACGGCACCCGCAGCCGGGUUCGCAGGCGCCGCCUCGCCGCCGGCAGGGAUCGCCUCAGCGCCCUCCCCGAUGACCUCCUCCAUCACACGAUCACCUACCUCCCCGUCACGGAAGCUAUCGCCACCGCCGCCCUCUCCUCCAGCUGGCGCCACAUCUGGCGCUCCUACCCGCUCGUCCUCAAGGAUGCCGACAUCCCCGAGCCGGCCCGCGACGCCCUGGUACCCCGAGUCCUCGCCGAGCACCCGGGAAGCUUCCGCUCCGUCAUCCUCUACGACUGCAGGCUCGCCUCCCUGAACCGUGAGCUCCCCGGGUGGCCGCGCCUCCUCGUCGACAAGCGCACGCAGCAACUCCUUCUCGCGCACCCCCACCGCAACCUCCCUGCGCCACCUCCCUCGACCGUGAAUCAGCCCGACGCCGCGCGCCUUCUUCCCGCCGACAUCCUCCGCUCCGGCUCGCUCCAGGACCUCAGCCUGGACUUCUGGACCUUCUCCGCCGACCUCUGCCGCCGCGCCGACAUAAAUCUUCCCCAGCUCCGGAUUCUCACCUUGACGAGGGUUGUCAUAAGCGACCAGGACCUGGAGUGCUUGAUCGCUGUCUGCCCCGUUCUGGAAUCCCUUGGGCUCGGGCUCACCCUCAAUAACGCCAAGCAUGUCCGUCUCCGCAGCAAAAGCCUCAGGUGCGCGCUCGUUGUCGAUGGGCGGUCCAAGGAUGGGGAGUUCACCGUUGUGGACACGCCGCUCCUGCAGCGGCUCUACUUGCUCCAGCAGUUUAAGGGUGUGGCGCUGGCGGUCAGGAUCGCUUGUGCUCCCAAGCUUCGCGUGCUCGGCUACCUGGACACAAGAACUCACAAGCUGCAGAUUGGUGACAGCGUCAUCAGGCCGGACACAAUGGCGAGCGCAAGGACUGUGGUUCCAACCGUCGAGAUAUUGGCGUUGGCGGUGAAUUUGGGCAUCUCCGGGGAGGUUAAGAUGCUGGCCAGCUUCCUCAGAUGCUUUCCCAACGUUGAGACGCUGCACAUUGAGUCUGCACCGCAUUAUCCAUCUGUAACUGCCAGUGAACCCAGUGGGGAGCAUCAUGCCAGGUUCUAUCAGGAGGUCAGUCAGGUUGAUUGCUUGAGAUCACAUGCCAAGAAGCUGGUUAUUCACGAUUUUCGAGGGGAUCAGAAUGAAUUUGAAUUCGUCAAGUUCAUCGCCAUGAAUGCCCAAGAGCUGCAGUCCUUGCUGGUUGUCGUUUCGGACCAAGAAAUCUUGUCUUCAGCUGACAAGGUGAAUGAGAUAAAAGAGGAAUUGCAGUGUGUACAGUUUCCAACAGGUAUCUCUGCAGUGCUACAUGAGUUACCUAAAGCAGCCGUUGUUUACCGCCUGAAGAGAGCAGCCGAUCUUACAAUCAAUGACCCUUUUGAGUGCUAAAUCAAUGGUUAAUUCACUGUAUGUUUACAUGCUUGAUCCAUACCUUUUGAGGAAUUGUUGACUGUUCUCUACAAGAUCUCGCUAUUUAGUUUCUUGUAGGCAUGCCUUAUUUUGAGAUAUGGCUGAGUUUUUCAACUACCAUCAGUAUAUGUAGAAAUUGAGGUAGCAGAAGUAUACGAGAGACUAGUGUCAUUUUCAUGUGUCUGCAAUAUAUGACAGCAAUGUGCUUCUGGAUAUAGUGCGCUGUUUCGUUGCACGGCUUAUGUGCUUUUUUCUUUGCAGUGAUUAUGUGUAGAAUGUCACCUAUGUCAGUUUCAUUAA